GCUCAAGCGAUGAAGGAAAAGUGCCCUCAGAGGACCAGGACGGCGUGCUCUGGGUUGUGACUCCCCAAGUGGAGGUGGAGCAGAGGGCUCAGCCUUUCCAGGAGGGACUAAGGAGGACUUAUUAUUACAAUAAAUCAGUCUCACUUCAUUGGCUGCAAAUGGUGGAGUGGUGUGACCAUAUGUCACUUGGGCAUUAAACAAAUCCUAAUGAGCUAAGAAUAUGUUUGUUUUAGCUAAUUGACCUCUUUGGCCUUCAUCAACCACUUGGUAAACAUCCUCAGAUAAUGAUUUCCAGAGAGCAGAUUGUGGCUCCUGGGCAUGCUGAUGAGGCCCCCUGGCCCCAAGACCACCUCCUCUGGCUGCCUGCCCAGUGCUGCCUUGCCCAAGGAAGAUGCCCUGGCGGUAACACGGCCAAGGGAGAAGAGUAGAGCCAGGCAGCUCUCCAGGGCCCAUCCCUGGCUAUGUGACCACACUCUGAGCCAUAGUCCUCUCAUCUGUUAAGUCAGGGAAGUGCCCACCCCCAGAGAAAUGGGAAGACAAAUCAGGGGUUCUAGCGUCUAGGCUUCAUGGGGGCUAUUCUUGGAAAUCUGUGGCAAGUCAGUCGCAAGCUGGACCAUGCCAUUUCCAUGCAAAGGUGCAGGAGUCCAGCAGUUUACCUGGGCCUGGCUCACGUGCUCCCUGUAGUGGGGUAACUACAGGCCCCAUCUGAAUCCCUGUGGGGCCUGACACCACAGAGACCCAAGUCCCCUAACUUGGUUCUCCCUGCAAGCAGGGGUGGGGAGCUUCUUUAGCCAGGAGAAUGGACUCUCAUUAGAACUCAGAGCUAACUUCAUCCUCCCUGGAAUCACCAACCCCAUCAUCACGCCCCACGACAAAGUUCGGACAUUUCAUCCCUCUUAUGUGAAAGCUGUUGGCGGGGUGCAGGGGGUGGGGAAUGACUUCGGUUCCCUGGGUACACUGGAAAGACAUAGGAAUAACUUUCAAGCCCUGAGGUGGAUGGAGCCUCGGACUCAACAGGGGUACAUUAUGAGUGACUGUGCCUCCCAUCCCAGCUGCUUCUCGCUGCCCUCACAUCCCACCACCAGGAUGGUGGGCUUAGUUAGCUAGAGAACUCUUUCUUCAGCCAGAAAACAGAGAGAUUAUCUAACACAGAGAAUUUGUCAGUGAGUGCUUCCUUCUUGCCUGACACUGUGAAGUGCCUUACACAUAUUUUCUCACUUAAUUUGCACAAUAAGCAAGAUGCUUCCCUAAGGUCACAGAGUGAGGGGGUCAGAACCAGGCCUCCAACAAGUUCUACCUAAUUCCAGAGGUGUGGGUCACCUAGCACAGUGAGGAAAUGCUCCUUUCUUGCAGGUUAAUCUGCUUUGCAGAUGAAGACUGUCAGCAUAUAAAGCACGGAGCACAGUGCCUGGCAUGUGGCAGUAAUUCAAAAUAAAUGGUAGUUAUUCACGUUGUGGUGCAGCCAGAUGAGAUGCAGCAUACCUUCUGGGUCAAACCACUUCCGCCCCUUUGCCCCAGUCCUCAGGGCUGACGCACUUGAAUUAGACAGGAUUAAAGGCUUACCAGAGCUGGAAGCUGCACCCCAACUCCCGUGUUUAGCCCCAGACCUUCUGUCCACCGGCUGAGAAGGACGCAGGAGAAAGGCAGCCACACAGAGCAGUGCUGUGGCCUUGAUCUCGGUCAAGAGAGAUUUUGCGCAGGAGCCAGCUCUCCCUCUGGAUCCCCAUGCCGAGAAAAUGGGCCCUGCUCCUGCCCAUGCUGCUCUGCAGCCUAACUGGCCCCACACACAUGUUCCAGUCAAGCCUGGUGCUGGACACAGCCAAGAUCCUCUUGGAUAACUAUUGCUUCCCGGAGAAUCUGAUGGGGAUGCAGGAAGCCAUCGAGCAGGCCACCAAGAGUCCUGAGAUCUUAGCCAUCACCGACCCUCAGACUCUGGCUCAUGUGUUGACAGCUGGGGUGCAGAACUCCUUGAACGACCCUCGCCUGAUCAUCUCCUAUGAGCCCAGCACCCUCGAGGUUACCCCGAAAGCCCCGGCACUCAGGAACCUCACACUAGAGGAACUCAUUGAGGGGCUGCACAAUAGUCUCCGCCAUGAGGUUCUGGAAGGCAAUGUGGGCUACCUGCGGGUGGACGACAUCCCAGGCCAGGAGGUGAUGAACAAGCUGGGGAGCUUCCUGGUAGUCAACGUCUGGGAAAAGCUAAUGGGCACCUCUGCCUUGGUGCUAGACCUCCGGCACUGCACCAGGGGCCACGUUUCUGGCAUCCCCUAUGUCAUCUCCUACCUGCACCCAGGGAACACGGUCCUGCACGUGGACACCGUCUAUGACCGUCCCUCCAAUACGACCACUGAGAUCUGGACCCUGCCCGAAGUCCUGGGAGACAGGUACAGUGCGGAUAAGGACGUGGUGGUCCUCACCAGCAGCCACACAGGGGGCGUGGCUGAGGACAUCGCCUACAUCCUCAAACAGAUGCGCAGGGCCAUUGUGGUCGGCGAGCGAACUGUGGGGGGUGCCCUGGACCUCCAGAAGCUGAGGAUAGGCCAGUCCGACUUCUUUCUCACCGUGCCUGUGUCCAGGUCCCUGGGGCCCCUGGGUGAGGGCAGCCAGACAUGGGAGGGCAGCGGAGUGCUGCCUUGUGUAGGGACACCAGCCGAGCAGGCCCUGGAGAAAGCCCUGGCCAUCCUCAAGUUGCGUCGUGCCCUUCCAGGAGUGAUCCAGCGCCUACAGGAGGUCCUGCAGGAAUACUACACGCUGGUGGACCGUGUGCCAGCCUUGCUGCACCACCUGGCCAGUAUGGACCUGUCCUCGGUGGUCUCCGAGGAGGAUCUGGUCACUAAGCUCAACGCUGGCCUGCAGGCUGUGUCUGAGGACCCCAGGCUCCUGGUGCAGGUGGUCAAGUCCAAAGAACCCUCUUCUGAGCCCAAGGAUGAAGCUGAGGAACCGCCAGAGGUGAUCCCAGAAGUGCCCGAGGACGAGGCUGCCCGGCGGGCCCUGGUAGACGCCGUGUUCCAGGUGUCUGUGCUUCCAGGCAACGUGGGCUACCUGCGCUUUGACAGUUUUGCUGACGCCUCGGUGCUGGGGGUGCUGGCCCCGUACAUUGUGCACCAGGUGUGGGAGCCCCUGCAGGACACGGAGCACCUCAUCAUGGACCUGCGCCAGAACCCCGGGGGGCCGUCCACCGCUGUGCCCCUACUGCUCUCCUACUUCCAGGGCCCCGACCCCGGCCCCGUGCGCCUCUUUACCACCUACGAUCGCCGCACCAAUGUCACACAGGAGCACUACAGCCACACAGAGCUGCUGGGCCAGCGCUACAGCACCCAGGGUGGAGUGUACCUGCUCAUCAGCCACCGCACUGCCACUGCAGCCGAGGAGCUGGCCUUCCUCAUGCAGUCACUGGGCUGGGCCACGCUGGUGGGCGAGAUCACCGCAGGCAGCCUGCUGCACACACACACGGUGCCCCUACUGGAGACAACCGAGGGCGGCCUUUCGCUCACAGUGCCCGUGCUGACCUUCAUCGACAACCACGGAGAGUGCUGGCUGGGGGGUGGCGUGGUCCCUGAUGCCAUUGUGCUGGCAGAGGAAGCCCUGGACAGAGCUCAGGAAGUGCUGGAGUUCCACCGAAGCCUGGGGGAGUUGGUGGAGGGCACCGGGCACCUGCUGGAGGCACACUAUGCUCGGCCAGAGGUCGUGGGGCAGACGGGUGCCCUGCUGCGAGCCAAGCUGGCCCAGGGGGCCUACCGCACAGCGGUGGACCUGGAGUCGCUAGCCUCCCAGCUCACAGCCGACCUGCAAGAGAUGUCUGGGGACCACCGUCUGCUGGUGUUCCACAGCCCAGGUGAGAUGGUGGCUGAGGAGGUGCCUCCCCCACCCCCCGUUGUCCCCUCCCCAGAGGAGCUCUCCUAUCUCAUCGAGGCCCUGUUCAAGACGGAGGUGUUACCUGGCCGGCUGGGCUACCUGCGUUUUGAUGCCAUGGCCGAGCUGGAGACAGUGAAGGCCAUUGGGCCACAGCUGGUGCAGCUGGUGUGGCAGAAGUUGAUAGACACGGCCGCACUGGUUGUUGACCUGCGCUACAACCCUGGCAGCUACUCCACGGCUGUGCCGCUGCUCUGCUCCUACUUCUUUGAGGCGGAGCCCCGCCAGCAUCUCUACUCUGUCUUUGACAGGGCCACGUCAAGGGUCAUGGAGGUGUGGACAGUGCCCCAGGUGGCCGGUCAGCGCUACGGGCCCCAAAAGGACCUCUACAUCCUGGUCAGCCACACCAGUGGGUCAGCGGCUGAGGCUUUUGCUCAUACCAUGCAGGAUCUUCAGCGUGCCACCAUCAUUGGGGAACCCACGGCUGGAGGGGCACUCUCUGUGGGCAUCUACCAGGUGGGCAGCAGCCCCUUAUAUGCCUCCAUGCCCACGCAGAUGGCCCUGAGUGCCAGCACCGGCGAGGCCUGGGACCUGGCUGGGGUGGAGCCAGACAUCACCGUGCCCAUGAGUGUGGCCCUCUCCACAGCCCGAGACAUAGUGGCCCUGCGUGCCAAGGUGCCCACUGUGCUGCAGACAGCUGGGAAGCUGGUAGCAGAUAACUAUGCCUCCCCUGAAAUGGGGGCCAAGAUAGCAGUCAAGCUGAGCCGACUACAGAGCCGCUAUGCCAGGGUGACCUCAGAAGCCUCCCUGGCUGAGAUGCUGGAGGCUGACCUGCAGCUUCUGUCUGGAGACCCACACCUGAAGACAGCCCACAUCCCUGAGGAUGCCAAGGACCGCAUUCCUGGGAUUGUGCCCAUGCAGAUCCCUUCCCCUGAAGUCUUUGAAGACCUGAUCAAGUUUUCCUUCCACACUAACGUGCUCGAGGGCAACAUUGGCUACUUGAGGUUUGACAUGUUUGGGGACCGUGAGCUGCUCACCCAGGUCUCCGAGCUGCUGGUGGAGCACGUCUGGAAGAAGAUUAUACACACGGAUGCCCUGAUUAUCGACAUGAGGUUCAACAUCGGUGGCCCCACAUCCUCCAUCUCAGCCCUGUGUUCCUACUUCUUUGACGAAGGCCCUCCUAUUCUCCUGGACAAGAUCUAUAACCGGCCCAAUGACUCUGUCAGCGAGCUCUGGACCCACACACAUCUCACAGGUGGAAGCUAUGGCUCCAAGAAGAGUAUCAUCAUUCUGACCAGCAGUUUGACGGCAGGCGCUGCAGAGGAAUUUACCUACAUCAUGAAGAGGCUGGGCCGGGCACUGGUCAUCGGGGAGGUGACCAGCGGGGGCAGCCAGCCCCCGCAAACCUACCACGUGGAUGACACCAACCUCUAUAUCACCAUUCCCACGGCCCGCUCAGUGGGGGCUGCAGAUGGCAGCUCCUGGGAAGGGGUGGGUGUGGUGCCUGAUGUGGCUGUCCCUGCGGAAGGAGCCCUUGCCAGAGCCCAGGAGAUGCUCCAGCACACCCUGCUGAGGGCAAGGCGGAGCCUCCGUGGGCAGCGCCUCCGUAGGCAGCGCCAGGGGCGGGCGGGACCUCUGGGCCACAUCCAAAGGACACUCGGACAUGAGGUCCUGACCGAGGCCCCCAAGGGAUGGAAAAGGGGCCUUCUGCACUCCAGUUGGGCAUAGAGUCAGAGGUACCCUUGGAGCUCAGCUAUCUACUCUCUUCCCCACUGCCAGU